AUCUAUUACUUUUCUAUACGAAAGUUCCAUAUGAAAAAAAUUUAGAUAUAUUUCUUAAUAUAUUUGGCACUACUAUAAUUAUUCCAAUCUCAAUUAUUUUCAUAGCGAUACGAAGACGUUCAAGUAGUCUUUAUUUAUUAUUUUGCAUUUCAAGUGUAAUUGAAGUGGGAAUAAUUAUUUUCAGGUUACUAUCGAGUUAUCGUAAAGAUUAUAUAUCUUACUCAACAUUGAUAAUAGUAUUAUAUAUAGAAUGAGGUUUUUUAUCGCUAUACCCACAUUGAUUUUUCUAGUUAUUUUAAAUAUUAACACAUACUUAUGUUAUAAAUGGAUUGAAAGAAAAUUUAUUUCACAAAUAUAUGGAUCAGAUGAAGAUAAAUGGAUUUUGCUAAAAAGAAUUAAAAUGUUUUUGAAAAGAAUUUUCAAGAAAUUUUUAAUAUUUUUGGAAAUAAAGCCAGAGCCAUAUGACCGUUUAAAAGAAUUGGGUGUCAAUGCGUGGAAAUUUGUACCUGAAUCAAGAAUUUUACUAUUAAAUAUUGUACAGAUUAAAGAUGAAAACGACGAGAUUGAAAACGUUGAUAAAAAAAAUGAAGGUAUUGUAAGCGAUGAAAAUGACAAAGAUGAUUAUGAUGAUGGGACUGCAAACGAUGAAAAUGACAAAGAUGUUGAGAUUGUAGUCGAAAAUACUGAAAACAAUAAUAGUAACACGGUUGUAGGCGUUGAGAAUAACAAAAAUAAUGAGUUUGCAGGCGUUAAAAAUUACAAAAACGUUAAACUGAAUAAUAUAAUUGAUUUUAAAGCUAAAUCUGAUGUAAUGAUACGGACAAAUUAUCCUUUACGUAAUAUGAGAUCAUUGGAUUUGAGUAAAUGCUCAAGUUUCACCAGAAGAAUAUCGGUUUCUUUCGUCUCAAGUAAAAUAUUGGUUUUAUUACUAUGAAAUAACAAUCUUGUCAAAUUCGAAUAAAGAUAAAACAAUAAUUGCUAUUGGUCUCGCCACAAAAAAAUAUCCAACCAACAGAUUACCUGGUUGUAAUACACAUUCAGUUGGAUUUCAUUCAG